CAACUAAGGAGUGUCCGUAUCCCUACGCGCUGCGGCGCUCCUUCUGGAGCAGCAGCAGCAGCAGCAGCAGCAGCAGCAGCAGCAGCGGCAGCAGCGGCGGCAGCAGCAGCAGCGGGGAGGAGGCGGUUGAGGAGUAUGAGGGCGAGGAGGUGUACGUGGUGCCUGUGGGCCUGCACAGCAGCACGCUGCAGCAGCAGCAGCAGCAGCAGCAGCAGCAGGGGGCUGUUGCGGGCGCCGCUGGAAGCGCUUUAAGCGGAGCAGCAGCAGCAGCAGCAGCAGCAGCAGCGAGGGAGCGCCAGUUCAGCGUGCGGGACAGCGGAAUUUACUUUUUGAUAACAGCAAAUUGCGGACCUUUAAAUGAUUUGAAAAUGGAAGGAAAAGUUUCAGUAAAAAGUCCCUUGGGUUUGCUGCCAGGGUAUUUGUACCCCGCGUUAGCUGCGGACUUGCUGCUGCUGCUGCUGCACCUGGCAGCAGCAGCAGCGUGGGGCCUGCUGCUGUGCUGCAACCGCAGCAACAUCAUAAAGCUGCACGUGCUGAUUGCUGCUGCUGCUGCAGUGGGGCUCGCGGAGACCGCUGCUGCCUUCGGGUGUACGUACACCUGGAUAGGGGGCCCCCCGGGGCCCCUGCUGCUGCUGCUUGCUGCUGCUCUUUCCCUCAGCAAAUACAUUUCUCUUUAUUUGCUGCUGCUGCUGGGGGCCCUCGGCUGGUCCAUUACAAAACCUUUUUUGGAGAAAAAAACUCUCAACAAAGUCUUCUUUCUCGUCGCCGCCUACAUAGCCCUGUACUCUUUGAGGCAAAUAACAACUGCGUCUGAAGUUUCCGCCACGCAGUCCUUCUACAGAUCUCUUUUUGUUUUGUGUCCUCUUUCCAUUUUAAAUGUAAUUGUUUUCUACUGGAUCUUCUCCGCACUUCACGACAACAUCGAGGACUGCGGGCUGUGCUCUUCGACGUCUGGGGUUUAG